AUGAAUGAGAAAGAAUUGGAGGAACGCGCAGCACAAGAAUUACUCAGAGAAGCAAGGCGUGGGAAAGAACGUGCUCAAACCAUGGGAACAAGUGGAUGGAAAAAAAGUACAAUUCCAAAGACCAACAAGCAAUUCCUUCAUCGAACAUUAGCGAGUGUUUCUCAUUCCCACCGUGUAGCAUCAAAUAAACAAGAAGCUCAGAAGAAGAAGACCAAAGAAGAUUCAGAAGAAAAUAUGCUGGAGAAGAAAAAAAAUUAUCAAGUAAAGACACAACGUGUAAGAAGUAAAUUAGAUAAAACUGAAAGAUCAAAACCAUACAACAAAAGAGAAAAACCAAGAAAAGAGAAAAAGUGCGAAUAA